AGCGCUUUUUUUUUCUCUUGUCUUCGGCACUCACCGGCACAUAAGAAGAGGAGGAUGUUCGUCGGCCAGUUACAAGUAACGGGCACGUCGACCGCGUUCUACGAGGAAGGUGAGGCCGGUGAAUAAAUGCUGCGCGUGGAUCUACGAAAGAGAUCGAAGCCAGGGGAGAUCUCGUUUCGUGCCACGAAAAAUCUCAGUCGCGCGGAGAACGAACGUGUGUGGAAACCUUGAUCUUCUUCGAUUGGUCUUCUCAUCGGUUUUCCUUGGGAAUAUGUCGCUUCUGGUGGUUCUGCUCGGCAUGGUUCUCUUGUCGCAUUGCUGCGCGUCCAGUGCAUCCGACGAACACAGAGAAACGACGGGCGAUCGUGCAUCAGGGGCGAAAAUGAACGAGCCGUUGACGCCUUUGCCACAGAACGAAGGACGACAGUUGCUCGAUUAUCCUUUGUUCCCUUCCUUCGCGCACAGAUAUAGACCGCAGAAAUGUCCUCUUUGCGACAGUUCGAUUUACCCUUACUGCGGCGAGAAAAUGUUCCACGACGCCUGCUGCUGCACCGAGUAUCAUCAGCACGACUUGCCUUAUCAGUGCAAACUGGCCGACUGCAGAUUUCUGCACGCCAACAGUUGCAGGGAGCAUCGGCUGAUCGCGAACUGCUGCUGCAGCGAUGAUUAUCGCACACUGCUUAAGGCUCUGACGAUCGCGUAGAACUCUCUCCUCAGACGCCUUUCUCUCGAAUUCAACAAUGACACCGUCGCACGAGAACACAAUAAUAUUAACAUGAUUAAUAUCACAAAUUUAUUAAUAUUACAAAUUAUUAAUAUCACAAGCCGGGGAAAUUAUAUAUGACUGAUAUGUCCACGACGAAAAAAUA